AUGAACCGGGUACCUACAGUGAAGUUAUCCUCUGGCUAUGAAAUGCCACUUGUUGGAUUUGGCAUCUGGAAAGUGCCUCGUGAAGAAUGUGCUGAUGCAGUAUACAACGCUAUCAAAAUGGGGUAUCGUCACAUUGACGGAGCUCAUAAUUAUACCAACAGCCUCGAAGCCGGCGUCGGGGUGAGACGAGCUAUAGACGAAGGUAUCGUCAAACGGCAAGACCUGUUCAUCACCAGCAAACUUUGGAAUACAUAUCAUCGAUACGAUAUCGCUAUCCAAAUGGCCAAGAACGAGAACGAGAAAUGGAAUGUUGGAUACAUUGAUUUAUUCCUCAUCCACUUUCCCAUUGCGCAGCAGUACAUAGACCCCAAUGUUUUGGAGUUUCCAACUUUCUGGUCCGACGAUAAGGCCAAGAUUGCCUAUCCUUUGGAGAGAGUCCCAUUGUCUGAGACGUGGUCUGCAUUAGAGACAUUGGUGCAGACUAAGGACCGUCCAGAUGGGAUUCUUAGGUCACUCGGCGUCGCCAAUUUCAAUGGACAGCUUCUCUACGACUUGUUAUCGUAUGCCAAGGUCCCAGUGGCUUCGUUGCAAAUUGAGCAUCACCCGUACCUAGUCCAGCCGGAGCUGGUCAAGAUGGCUCAAGAAAACGGCGUUAGCGUGACUGCCUACAGCUCUUUUGGCCCUCUCAGUUAUGUUGGCCUAGAUGGUUUUCUGUUUGACAAUGCGCGAGCAAUGACGCCCCUAUUUCAGCAUCCGACGGUCCUGAACAUCGCCCGCAGCCACAAGAAGACGCCCGCGCAGGUGCUUCUUCGCUGGGCCACACAGCGCAAUAUUGCCGUCAUUCCCAAGAGCAACAGCCUUGACCGGCUUCAAGAGAACUUGGAAUGCUGCAGCUUCGACAUGACAAGAGAGGAGUUGGCGCAGAUCAGUAGAUUAGACAACGGCACGCGUUUCAUUGAUCCUGGACUUUUUGGUAUUCACAUCCACGCUUAG